AUGUUGCGCUUAUUUGCCGCGCAUGCGGCGCAGCAAUUUCAGCGUCACGCCGCCAAUCGCGCGUUCAGCGCGCUCGCCGCUUCCGCUGCCGGCGGAAUGGGCGGCGUCGCGGCGCGCAGGUGGGGUAGCGUAUGGAAAAAAUGCCGGCCGGACGCAGCCGCUGCUCCCACCACCGCCUCCAACGCACCGUUCGUUUGCACACAAGCCCCGUAUCCGUCCAACGUUGAUCUCGAUUUCACGCAGCUCACGCCACUGGCGUUCGCAAGGCGCUUCAGCGCCGGUCCCGCCGCAUCUGGCGGCGACAUCGGCGUGGAGAGCGCCAAUAAGCCGCCCGAUAAGGCCGCUGCAAGCAGUGGCAUUGGCAGUGCGGACAACAUCUACCUUCAUCACACCAACGUAGGUUCCAACGUGCAAGCCGCUGCGGUUACCAUCGGCUUGAUUCACGCGCUCGAGCCGCUCUCCCCCGGAAUUGGCUACUUCCGCCCGAUCGACUGCACCACGCACGGCGGGAACCGCGCGGAGCUCAUGCGGAAGAUCUUCCGCCUAUCCCCCCCCGCGCGCGACAUGUACGGCGUUACGCAGGACCGCGCGACCACUCUCCUACACGCGAAUCGCGUGGACGACUUACUUGACGAUGUGCUGAUGUCAUACGAGCGGUGCCGACGCGAGCACGAUUUCAUGGUGGUGGAAGGGACGUCUUUAAAAGACGGGACUAUCUCGGCGCCCGUGAACGGGCUGAUCGCGUCCGCGUUAGGAGCGCCUGCGAUAUUGUUAACGGACGCGCGGGUUGCUGCUGAAUCGAGCCACCCGAAUUUCACCAUGGAAGAGAUCGACUGGGAGGCGGACGCGGCGCAGAGCAUGCUGGACCACGCGCGCAUCCUACGGAGCACGCACGUCCACUCAACCCAUCUGUCUGCCUCGCUCCCUGUCCUCCUCUCCCCGCUCGACCCACACGUCAUCUGUCUCUCAAUCGCCCACGCUCACUCCUCCCUCCACGCCUCCUCCCCCGCCAAAAUCCGCCGCGCCCGGGACCUCUUUCAAGAACACGCCGACACGCUCGCUAUCCACCGCAUCCUCUUCCAGGAAGCUUCCUCCGCCCAUCCCGCACACGUCACCCCGCGCGUGUUCGAGUGCGGUAUUUUCUCCCGGGCCCGGGAGGCUCAAUCACACGUGGUCCUGGCUAAGGGGACCGAGCCGAAGGUGGUGCAAGCGGCCGGGGAGGUUCUGAGGAGAUCGCUUUGCAAGUUGACUCUUCUCGGAAAUCCCGAGGAGGUGCUUUUGCAAGCGAAGAAUCAGUGCGUGGAUUUAUCCGGAGCUAAUAUUGUCGAUCCCGGAGCAAGCCCGGACCUGGAUCGGUACGUGGAGUUGAUUUGCCAGGCGCAGUUGGAACGGGGGGUGACGAUGAGCGUCGAGGAGGCUCGGCGGCUGCUGCUUUCCGACCCUGCGUCGUUUGGUUCGGCGAUGGUUGCUGCGGGAGAGGCGGACGGGAUGGCGGUCGGCGGGAUUCGGCCGAACGGGAACGGGAGGAUUGUACGGGGGGUGAUCAAGACGCGGCCGGAAAUGCCCGUGGUUUCGGGGGUAGUUUUCAUGUGUCUCCCGGAUAAAGUGCUGGUAUAUGGAGACAGCGCUGAAAACACCCUUCCUCUGAUUGGCUCAAACUCCACCGCUGUGGCACCGAGCCUGGGCGCUUCGGCGCCGACCAAUGGGAUUGCCACUGCCGAUCCAACGGCUGAGGAGCUUGCGAUGAUCGCCAUGUCAUCGGCUGACACGGCGGCAGCCUUUGGCGUGGAGCCACGUGUCGCUCUGCUGUCCUCGCAAUCCAACCACCAGGGUGCUUCUAGAGGUCAUCUUGCGGAGCGAAUAGAGGAGGCAGCACAUAUUGUGAAGGAGCAAAGGCCCGACCUAGCAGUAGAGGGGCCCCUUCCGUAUGCCACUGCAGUGGGUGACAAAAGAAGGAGCGGGUCUAUUUUAUUUGAUAACUCGGACGUGGCGGGGAAAGCUACAGUGCUGAUUUUCCCCGAUAUGCACAGCAGCACAGAUAUGUACAAGCAGCAACGGACGUCGGGAGGUGUAGCGAUGGGGACUGUACUACAGGGAUUGAGGCGGCCUGUCAGUGACGUGACAAAUAGCGAUACAGUGAGGGACUUGGUUACCACGAUUGCCAUAACUGGUGUGCAGGCAGCUACCAUGGCAUCUGAUCCUGGUACAUCUUCGUGUUAA